CUCGCAAGACCGUAUGCAUUCAACAUCUGGCUGUGCACUCUCAAGAGAGAGAGAGAGCUAUGGAGACUGCAGUAGCUGGUCCGAGCAAGCUUCCCAAGGAACAUCCAUUAUGGCUCGGGGGUGCCGCGGCUUCAAUGGCAGUAGUCAUCACUCACCCCAUCGACCAGACUAAGAUCAGAACACAGGUCCAGCGUCCUCAACAGAACAUGAUUGCAACAGUCAAGAACACCGUUCGCUCGUCUGGUGUACUGGGUCUGUGGACUGGUCUUUCUGGAAGCCUACUUCGACAGGCGACGUACUCUACCAUGAGGUUCGGUGCAUACAAUUACCUCAAGGACAGGGAUCGAAAGAUGGGUAAAAAGGGAGGCAAACUGCGUUUAGUUGCCAAUGGUGCUCUGGCAGGAGCGCUUGCAGGUCUCGUAGGCUCGCCAGCGGAACUGGUCAUGGUCAGGAUAUCCUCAGACGGUGUCAAGCCGCCAGAAUCAAGAUAUAAUUACAAGAACGCUCUGCAGGGUCUGUAUCGGAUAUACAAGGAUGAAGGACCGCGUACAAUGUUCAAGGGAAUGGGCGCGACAGUCGCGAGGAGUGUAGUGAUGAAUGGGUCCCAGCUGUCUUGCUACGACAUGAUCAAGCAGCAGUUGAUAACGCGGUUCAACUUCACGGACACUGUCCCAACUCAUCUCUUGACGUCGAUACUCGGGGGGACCAUUGCGGUCACCGCUUGUGCACCUAUAGAUGUCUUCAAGUCCAGGAUACAGUCCGCUCCUGCUGGCGUCACGGCCAUGAGCAUCAUUACCAAGUCGUUACGCCGCGAGGGACUCAGAGUCCUUUUCAGAGGCUGGCUGCCGGCAUGGUUGCGGAUGAGCCCGACUACCAUGUUGACAUUCACUUUCUUUGAGCAGCUGAAGAAGGUAUUCUGAACAAGCUGAACCGUUGCAUCCACCAC